AUGUUAUGCUUUAUAGAAGUUUUCGAUACCAUCAUGACACAACUCUUGAAUCAGGUACCCGCCGGGCCGCCUCCGGCCACUGAAGCAGCAAUAAGUCGUCUUCCACGAGUCCAUGUUUCUUCGGAUGAAUUGGCUGGUAAGUUAGAGCGCUGCUCUAUCUGCUUCGAGGAUUAUGCAGUCGGCGAAAAUUUGCUUCGGCUUCCUUGUCAGCAUAUCUACCAUGAGUCCUGUAUUGUCACUUGGCUAAAACGAGUUAGUUUACCUUUGCUUAAUAUCCUAUUAACUCUUGAGUAUUGGUUAUCUCCAGUCUCAUAA